AUGUCCUGUUUAACUCUUAAACAAGGUGUUCCCAUUGUUGGCCGUAAACUAUUACAAAACUGUUUAUUGUCCGGAGGAAGAGAUAAUAUAUAUUUAAAUGAAGAAAUAGCUCAAUCCAUACCUAUAUUAUUCAAGCACAAGAUUCCUACGGACGUACAAUUUUUUUCGGUCAGAAAGCCAACUAGGGAAUCUGUGUGCAAUUUUGAAAUGCUUUUUCAUCUACCACCCAUUUAUGUGAUAGGUGUAAGAAUUCCAACAACUACUAUUAUAGUUUCUACCAGCAAUUUGACGGUAGAAUAUGAUAGGAAAGGACUAACCGUAGUUGUACGAAGAGAAUUACCCGAUAUCGGAAUCUAUAGAAGAUUUAGAUUUUAUGUUAGAAAUUUAGCGAAAUCGGCAGUUCUUAAUAUAGACUUUGAGACUAUAAUUGGAAAUCCGGCUGAAGUAUCUGAAGGAGAAAUAAAUUAUGUUAAUGGAGGAAUACCAACUGCUCUUGACAGUAACACUCCUAGAAAUAGGAAACCAAGAAGUACAAGAACCCCUGAAACGUCCAAAACAACCAGAACACCGAAAACGACUAGAACCCCUAAAUCAACUACAAAUCCCAAAACAACUAGAACCCCUAAAAAUACUAGAACUUCUACAACUACGCGAACAUUGAAAACAACGAAAACUCCCAAAACAACUAGAACUCCUACAACUACACGAACAUUGAAAACAACGAAAACUCCCAAAACAACUAGAACUCCGACAACUACACGAACAUUGAAAACAACGAAAACUCCCAAAACAACGAGAACACACAAAAUAAGUAGAAGGAGGAAAACUACCAGCCAGAGAACUACUGAAAGCCAAAGAACAACCCAAAGUCAAAUCAAAGAACUACUGAAAGUCAGAGAACUACUGAAAGUCAGAGAACUACUGAAAGUCAGAGAACUACUGAAAGUCAGAGAACUACUGAAAGCCAAAGAACUACUGAGAGCCAAAGAACUACCGAAAGUCAGAGAACUACCCAAAGUCAAAGAACUACUGAAAGCCAGAGAACUACCCAAAGUCAAAGAACUACUGAAAGCCAAAGAACUACACAAAGUCAAAGAACUACUGAAAGCCAGAGAACAACUCAAAGUCAAAGAACUACUGAAAGCCAAAGAACUACACAAAGUCAAAGAACUACUGAAAGCCAAAGAACUACUGAAAGUCAGAGAACUACUCAAAGCCAACGAACUACUGAAAGCCAAAGAACUACACAAAGUCAAAGAACUACUGAAAGUCAGAGAACUACUCAAAGCCAACGAACUACUGAAAGCCAGAGAACUACUCAAAGUCAAGGAACUACAGAAAGCCAAAGAACAACUCAAAGUCAAAGAACUACUGAAAGCCAAAGAACAACUCAAAGUCAAAGAACUACAGAAAGCCAACGAACUACCCAAAGUCAAAGAACUACAGAAAGUCAAAGAACUACUGAAAGCCAGAGAACUACUGAAAGCCAAAGAACUACACAAAGUCAAAGAACUACUGAAAGUCAGAGAACUACUCAAAGCCAACGAACUACUGAAAGCCAAAGAACUACUGAAAGCCAAAGAACAACCCAAAGUCUACGAACUACUGAAAGCCAGAGAACAACUCAAAGCCAACGAACUACUGAAAGCCAAAGAACUACACAAAGUCAAAGAACUACUGAAAGUCAGAGAACUACUCAAAGCCAACGAACUACUGAAAGCCAGAGAACUACUCAAAGUCAAGGAACUACAGAAAGCCAAAGAACAACUCAAAGUCAAAGAACUACUGAAAGUCAAAGAACCACUGAAAGCCAGAGAACUACUGAAAGCCAAAGAACAACUCAAAGUCAAAGAACUACUGAAAGUCAGAGAACUACCCAAAGUCAACGAACUACAGAAAGCCAGAGAACUACUGAAAGCCAAAGAACUACCGAAAGUCAAAGAACUACCCAAAGUCAAAGAACUACUGAAAGUCAAAGAACUACUGAAAGCCAAAGAACAACUCAAAGUCAAAGAACUACUGAAAGUCAGAGAACUACUCAGAGCCAACGAACUACUGAAAGCCAGAGAACUACUCAAAGUCAAGGAACUACAGAAAGCCAAAGAACAACUCAAAGUCAAAGAACUACUGAAAGCCAAAGAACAACUCAAAGUCAAAGAACUACAGAAAGCCAACGAACUACCCAAAGUCAAAGAACUACAGAAAGUCAAAGAACUACUGAAAGCCAGAGAACUACUGAAAGCCAAAGAACUACACAAAGUCAAAGAACUACUGAAAGUCAGAGAACUACUCAAAGCCAACGAACUACUGAAAGCCAAAGAACUACUGAAAGCCAAAGAACAACCCAAAGUCUACGAACUACUGAAAGCCAGAGAACAACUCAAAGUCAAAGAACUACUGAAAGCCAAAGAACUACACAAAGUCAAAGAACUACUGAAAGCCAAAGAACUACACAGAGUCAAAGAACUACUGAAAGUCAGAGAACUACUCAAAGCCAACGAACUACUGAAAGCCAAAGAACUACACAAAGUCAAAGAACUACUGAAAGUCAGAGAACUACUCAAAGCCAACGAACUACUGAAAGUCAAAGAACAACUCAAAGUCAACGAACUACUGAAAGCCAGAGAACAACUCAAAGUCAAAGAACUACUGAAAGCCAAAGAACUACACAGAGUCAAAGAACUACUGAAAGCCAAAGAACUACUGAAAGUCAACGAACAACUGAAAGCCAAAGAACAACUCAAAGUCAAAGAACUACUGAAAGCCAAAGAACUACACAAAGUCAAAGAACUACUGAAAGCCAAAGAACUACACAGAGUCAAAGAACUACUGAAAGUCAGAGAACUACUCAAAGCCAACGAACUACUGAAAGCCAAAGAACUACACAAAGUCAAAGAACUACCCAAAGUCAAAGAACUACAGAAAGUCAGAGAACUACAGAAAGUCAGAGAACUACCCAAAGUCAACGAACUACUGAAAGCCAAAGAACUACUGAAAGCCAAAGAACUACCGAUAGCCAGAGAACUACCCAAAGUCAAAGAACUACUGAAAGCCAAAGAACUACAGAAAGCCAACGAACUACUGAAAGCCAGAGAACAACACAAACUCAAAGAACUACUGAAAGCCAGAGAACUACCCAAAGUCAAAGAACUACAGAAAAUCAGAGAACUACUGAAAGUCAGCGAACUACUGAAAGCCAGAGAACAACUGAAAGUCAGAGAACUACUCAAAGCCAACGAACUACUGAAAGCCAAAGAACUACUGAAAGCCAACGAACUACUGAAAGCCAAAGAACUACCCAAAGUCAAAGAACUACUGAAAGUCAGCGAACUACCCAAAGCCAAAGAACCACUGAAAGCCAAAGAACUACUGGAAGCCAAAGGACUACCCAAAGUCAAAGAACUACUGAAAGUCAGCGAACUACUGAAAGCCAGAGAACAACUGAAAGUCAGAGAACUACUCAAAGCCAAAGAACUACUGAAAGCCAACGAACUACAGAAAGCCAACGAACUACUGAAAGCCAAAGAACUACUCAAAGUCAAAGAACUACUGAAAGUCAGCGAACUACUGAAAGCCAGAGAACUACUGAAAGUCAGAGAACUACUCAAAGCCAACGAACUACUGAAAGCCAAAGAACUACUGAAAGCCGAAGAACUACCCAAAGUCAAAGAACUACUGAAAGUCAGCGAACUACUGAAAGCCAGAGAACUACCCAAAGUCAAAGAACUACUGAAAGCCAAAGAACCACUGAAAGCCAAAGAACUACUGAAAGCCAAAGGACUACCCAAAGUCAAAGAACUACUGAAAGCCAAAGAACAACUCAAAGUCAAAGAACUACUGAAAGUCAGAGAACUACUCAAAGCCAACGAACUACUGAAAGCCAGAGAACUACUCAAAGUCAAGGAACUACAGAAAGCCAAAGAACAACUCAAAGUCAAAGAACUACUGAAAGCCAAAGAACUACUCAAAGUCAAAGAACUACAGAAAGCCAACGAACUACCCAAAAGAACUACUGAAAGCCAAAGAACAACUCAAAUCAAAGAACUACUGAAAGCCAAAGAACUACCGAAAGCCAGAGAACUACUCAAAGUCAAAGAACUACUGAAAGCCAAAGAACUACACAAAGUCAAAGAACUACUGAAAGUCAGAGAACUACUCAAAGCCAACGAACUACUGAAAGCCAAAGAACUACCGAAAGCCAGAGAACUACACAAAGUCAAAGAACUACUGAAAGUCAGAGAACUACUGAAAGCCAACGAACUACUGAAAGCCAGAGAACGACACAAAGUCAAAGAACUACUGAAAGCCAGAGAACUACUCAAAGCCAAAGAACAACCGAAAGCCAGAGAACUACCCAAAGUCAAAGAACUACAGAAAGCCAGAGAACUACCCAAAGUCAAAGAACUACUGAAAGCCAGAGAACUACCCAAAGUCAAAGAACUACUGAAAGCCAAAGAACAACUCAAAGUCAAAGAACUACAGAAAGCCAACGAACUACCCUUAGCCAAAGAACUACGGAAAGUCAGAGAACUACUCAAAGCCAAAGAACAACUGAAAGCCAAAGAACUACUGAAAGCCAAAGAACUACACAAAGUCAAAGAACUACUGAAAGUCAGAGAACUACUCAAAGCCAACGAACUACUGAAAGCCAAAGAACUACUGAAAGCCAAAGAACUACCGAAAGCCAGAGAACUACCCAAAGUCAAAGAACUACUGAAAGCCAAAGAACUACAGAGAGCCAACGAACUACUGAAAGCCAGAGAACAACAGAAAGUCAAAAAACUACUGAAAGCCAGAGAACUACCCAAAGUCAAAGAACUACAGAAAGUCAGAGAACUACCCAAAGUCAACGAACUACUGAAAGCCAAAGAACUACCGAAAGCCAGAGAACUACCCAAAGUCAAAGAACUACUGAAAGCCAACGAACUACUGAAAGCCAGAGAACUACACAAAGUCAAAGAACGACUGAAAGCCAGAGAACUACCCAAAGCCAAAGAACUACAGAAAGCCAAAGAACUACAGAAAGUCAACGAACUACGGAAAGCCAAAGAACAACUCAAAGUCAACGAACUACAGAAAGCCAGAGAACUACAGAAAGCCAAAGAACUACUCAAAGUCAGAGAACUACUGAAAGCCAGAGAACUACCCAAAGUCAACGAACAACUGAAAGUCAAAGAACAACACAAAGUCAAAGAACUACUGAAAGUCAAAGAACUACCCAAAGUCAGAGAACUACUGAAAGCCAAAGAACUACCCAAAGUCAGAGAACAACACAAAGUCAAAAGAACUACUGAAAGCCAAAAAACUACACAAAGUCAACGAACUACUGAAAGCCAAAGAACUACUGUACUACUAGAACUCCAAGUACCACGAGAACUCCUAGUACCACCAGAACUCCGAGUACUACUAGAAGGCAUAGAUCAAGAAGGAGACGAAGAACUACUAGGAGAAAAAGAACUACCCAAAGUCAACGAACCACUGAAAGCCAACGAACUACUGAAAGUCAAAGAACAACUGAAAGCGAAAGAACUACCCAAAGUCAGAGAACUACUGAAAGCCAGAGAACUACUCAAAGUCAGAGAACUACUGAAAGCCAACGAACUACUGAAAGCCAACGAACGACACAAAGUCAAAGAACUACAGAAAGCCAAAGAACUACUGAAAGUCAACGAACUACUGAAAGCCAACGAACUACUGAAAGCCAGAGAACAACACAAAGUCAAAGAACUACUGAAAGCCAGAGAACUACCCAAAGUCAAAGAACUACAGAAAGUCAGAGAACUACAGAAAGUCAGAGAACUACCCAAAGUCAACGAACUACUGAAAGCCAAAGAACUACUGAAAGCCAAAGAACUACAGAAAGCCAACGAACUACUGAAAGCCAGAGAACUACCCAAAGUCAAAGAACUACUGAAAGCCAAAGAACUACAGAAAGCCAACGAACUACUGAAAGCCAGAGAACAACACAAAGUCAAAGAACUACUGAAAGCCAGAGAACUACCCAAAGUCAAAGAACUACAGAAAGUCAGAGAACUACCCAAAGUCAAAGAACUACUGAAAGUCAGCGAACUACUGAAAGCCAGAGAACAACUGAAAGUCAGAGAACUACUCAAAGCCAACGAACUACUGAAAGCCAAAGAACUACUGAAAGCCAACGAACUACUGAAAGCCAAAGAACUACCCAAAGUCAAAGAACUACUGAAAGUCAGCGAACUACUGAAAGCCAGAGAACUACCCAAAGCCAAAGAACCACUGAAAGCCAAAGAACUACUGGAAGCCAAAGGACUACCCAAAGUCAAAGAACUACUGAAAGUCAGCGAACUACUGAAAGCCAGAGAACAACUGAAAGUCAGAGAACUACUCAAAGCCAAAGAACUACUGAAAGCCAACGAACUACAGAAAGCCAACGAACUACUGAAAGCCAAAGAACUACUCAAAGUCAAAGAACUACUGAAAGUCAGCGAACUACUGAAAGCCAGAGAACUACUGAAAGUCAGAGAACUACUCAAAGCCAACGAACUACUGAAAGCCAAAGAACUACUGAAAGCCAACGAACUACUGAAAGCCAAAGAACUACCCAAAGUCAAAGAACUACUGAAAGCCAGAGAACUACCCAAAGUCAAAGAACUACUGAAAGCCAAAGAACCACUGAAAGCCAAAGAACUACUGAAAGCCAAAGGACUACCCAAAGUCAAAGAACUACUGAAAGCCAACGUACUACUGAAAGCCAAAGAACUACCGAAAGUCAAAGAACUACCCAAAGUCAAAGAACUACUGAGAGCCAACGAACAACUGAAAGCCAGAGAACCACCCAAAGUCAGAGAACUACUGAAAGUCAACGAACUACUGAAAGCCAAAGAACUACCCAAAAGCCAACGAACAACUGAAAUUCAAAAUAUUACUCAAAGUCACCUAACUACUGAAAGUCAAAGAACUACCCAAAGUCAAAGAACUACCCAAAGUCAAAGAACUACCCAAAGUCAAAGAACUACUGAAAGUCAAAGAACUACUGAAAGCCAGAGAACUACCCAAAGUCAAAAACCUACUGAAAUCCAAAAUACUACGCAAAGUCAACGAACUACUGAAAGUCAAAGAACUACCCAAAGUCAAAGAACUACUCAAAGUCAACGAACGACUGAAAGCCAAAGAACAACGGAAAGUCAACGAACUACUGAAAGCCAGAGAACUACCCAAAGUCAAAGACCUACUGAAAUCCAAAAUACUACGCAAAGUCAACGAACGACUGAAAGCCAAAGAACUACACAAAGUCAACGAACUACACAAAGUCAACGAACUACACAAAGUCAAAGAACUACUGUAAGCCCAACAACUAUCACCACUACCAAACCUACGACUACUAAACUACCUACGACUACACUACCAAAGACUACCAUAUCAAUACCUGCAUUCGAAUGA